AUGUCCGCAAACGCGAGCAACGCAAGCGGCAACCCCAGGGGGAGGGGUGGCAGAGGGAACAAACUCUCCAAAAAUAGCCACAUUGCCCAGAAUGCCGCUAGCGCAGCGAACAGCGGUAAUAGUGGUAACAUCGGUAAUAGCAGUAAUAGCGCAAAUAACGCCAGCGCUCAGAAUACCCUGCAUGGAUUGAACCCACCGAGUCACAAAUCCUUCGUGGAGAGCGAAAUCUCGGACACCGGCCUCCCGGCCACAGAUCGCUCAGACGAUAACAACAGCACGAUCGACAAUGACGAGCGGAACACACUAAUACAGGUGCUGCACAGCUAUGAAGACUUCCAGAAGAAAAAUAUGCACUACGGGAAGGUAAACCCAUACAGAAAAAGGGAGUCCCAAUUAAGCAAGAUGAAAAAGACAAUAGUCAAGUUAUUUACCAUCAGUGACAUACGCCUAGACGAGAGUGACCCCAAUAAGAACGUAGAUAGCAGUACCUAUGGAAAUAGUGUUUCUAAAAAGAGGAGGAACAAAGCGCAGGGUUCGAAUUUCCUAACCAGCAGAGCAGCAAUGUGGAACGAAGUUGAAAAAAACGACGACCCAGAAUACGACUUAAAGUUAGAAAGCUCAAAAAAUAAAUCAAUCCGUGAUAUCGUAACACAUUAUUUAAGUGUCCUAAUAAAUGAUACCAUAAAUGAUAAAAAAGGGAUGACCUACAUAGCCAUUUUGAUGAUUAUUCUGUCCGUGUUGAUUACCUGCAUUUCGGGAGUGAUCACCCUGUUCAGCAACUCAACAGGAGAAAAAUAUAAUUUUAAUUUACACACAACGAAAAAUAAUUAUGAUGAUAUAAAUAAAUUUAUGAAUUAUAUAAAAUUGGGAAAUGAAGAAAACAAUCGGAGUGACAUGUUACGGCUGUACGAACUGCUAGAAGAAUUCAAAACUAGUAUGAACCAAAAUAUGAAUGAAAAUAAGAAUACCAUUUUGAUUAACAAGAAGGAGAAUCAUGCAUUAUACGAAUUAAAUGCUAACUUGGAAAAUAAAUUAAAAGAGUUAGAAAAGAAGCUGCUCGUUAAUACAAAAGAUAUUGACUACUUUAAAAUUCAUUCCAAGAAAGAGGUGGAAAAUUUUAAAAAAAUAUUGCAAGAAAAUUACGAAUCAUUUCAAAACAAACUUAAGGAUUACGUUAAAACGGUCGACACAAUUAAGAAGGAUAUUCAUAAAAAGAAUUCUCUCAUUAAUGAUGUAGAAAAAAAAAUGAACAAAAGCCAAAUGGAUAUUAAGAAGGACGUGUCUGAUCGAGUGGAGAAUGAGAAAAGGGGCCUCCUGAACACCAUCAGCGAGCUACAAAAGAAAAUCCAGUGGAUUGAAUCUAAGCUCGUCUUCCAUGGCUCGAAUUCGCAUGACUCGUUGGAGUUUGAUAGCGCAGCACAGGGAGGAUUGACACACGAAAAUGACGGAGGGGAGGCGCGCGAAAGACAAAUCGAGCAGCGCAUCAACAUGUGGAACGAACAACAUGCAGAUCUCAUGCAGGAUAUACAGAAAGAAUUAGAACUACUAAAAGAGAGUGCAAAAAAAUCGACGAACUUUUUGGAUGAUGUCUUCCCCACAUUUGAACAUAAAAUAUUAAAAAAUGUAGAAAACAAAAUUAAAUACUACCUAGAAAUGUACAAAAAGGAUAUCAUAAACGAAAUCACCGAGUCGAAAGUGAUAUAUAAUGAAGAGAAAUACAAAACCAUGACCAUGAAGCAAGAAAAAAUGCAAUCCGAGUUGUUAAAAACGAUUAGUAGUCAAAUAAAGGCACAAACGAAAAUUAUAAAAGACGACUUGAGUAAGUCUCUACACACCAUGGUAGAUCAGAAGCAAAUAAAAAUUGACAGUGACUAUCCAAUUAAAAGUACCAAAGUCAAUUAUGACUCCCUAGACAUGCUACAAAAAAAAGUGGACGAACUGUACAACGAAUUCAUCUUAGAUUAUAACGAAAUCGAUUGGGCUUUAGAAUCUUUAGGAGCCAGAAUCGUUUACAAAAUGACAAGUUCGCCUCUCAAUCGAAAUGACUUCAUCGAGAAGUUUCUAAAUCAAAUUGCUUCCUUCCUACCGUCAGAAGAAAUAUACGGAAUGAUCAAACCGAUGGGAAAAGAUCCGUCUAUCAUUUUAAAGCCUUCAAAUUUCCCAGGUGAUUGUUUCUCCUUCAAUGGGAGUAAAGGAAAAAUAACGAUUCACCUGCCAGCCACUAUUGAUGUUUCAUCCAUUUCGAUACAACACGUACAUGAAAAUAUUAGUAACAACUCCAAUGCUACUCCCAAGUAUUUUUCAGUUUACGGUGUCGUGGAUUCAAAUUGGCCUGAGCAUUUUGAAUCACAGGAUAUUAACUAUGAUGACUUUAAAAACAGCUCCCUGUACUCUUGCCUCCACUCUGUUUAUGGGAAUUUGCAGCCGAAGGAAAUUCUGGACAAAUGGCUCAAAGGCAACAAAAACCCGGGCCUCGUCCACCUCGGCGAUUUCUACUUCGACCGAAAGAAACGGAUUUCCACCUACCCAACGAAGCACUGUUUCCCGGUGAAGCGAAUAACUUUUGAGUUCACCGAAAACUAUGGCGCGCCUUACACAUGCGUCUACAGACUGAAGGUACAUGGAAAAAGAUGCAUCCGGAAAUUCAAGUAG